UCUCUGGGGACCCCUCCCAGUCUUGUCCUCGACCACCACAACCGCACUCAAUUCAAAUAUUCAAAUCUCGCCUUGAAGGCUUACUUCUUGCUCGCCCGUAGAGACGCCACGCAACUCUUAAUUCGAACCCUACCCUCCUAGCACUCGGCCGUCCUCCAAUAUGCAGUUCUUGUAUCUCGCCCUCUUCCGUGGUAGAUGUCUUGCCUCUUUGUUCGCCAUCGCACUCAUUGCUACGACCACAUCAAUUGCCAUGCCUUUCCCUGCGUCUUCUCUUGUGCCCACCUUGUACAAGCGAUCAACUUCUAACAACGUCUUGAACCCGUUGGUGCGAUCUCUUCAAUGGAACGCCAAUCACUCUGCGGACCCGGCUCGUGUUAUUCAUACUCCUCCUCUGAAGCGGGUUCUUAUUGGAGGUAAUGACUCGAAUAUGGAGCUCUUGUCGCUUGGGUCUCAACACCUUAAUUCUUUGAACGAAUGUACCACCAAGUACCAAGAUACGGAGAUCUUUCGUGACCGCUGUACUUCUUCGGCUGCCUCUAUCGAAGCUAUCUUGCAGGUCCUCGCCAACACUCUCCGCCCGAUGGCUGCUCGUUACGGUCUGAAAAACUACAACAAAGACGAUCCAAUAGAGACUUUUCUCAAGCGCACUAUUGAUCUUGUGAAAGAUCUUCUCGCUUAUAUUGCAAAGUUGGUCAAGCGUAGCCCACUCAUGGGUGUGGCACUCUACCCAGUGGUUUACCAAGUCAAAUGCAUCAUAAUCGAGAUCCUCGAUAUCUUGGAGAAUUGUACCGAUGAUCUCAUCAAUGAGCUCCGUGCGUUACUCGCCGCUUGUUCGUGUGGAAGCGAAUUGGCGGGUCUCUGUCCUGGCUUGAUAGGGAGUAUUGUGUAGGGUGUGAUUAUCGACGGAGUAAUUGGCAGUUUUUUUUAUAUCUGAUUUCAUAUCCAUUCUUCACCUUCUGCAACGGUCUUUACUGUUUAUCACUUGUAUCUCGGCCAUUUGUACUACCUUUUAGAUUUGUACCUUAGGACCCUGGAUGUUGACAAUCAAAUGCUAUUUGUUUCUCAUGUCCUAAUCUAGCGUCGACGCGAAGAGAUAAGUAUCCUCUUUCGGUAUUAGAAGUAGACGGUGUAUGGGAGGUAAAUUACGUCAAGUCUGAAUAAAUACUCUUGAACCAACAUAUAUAGGCUCGAUAUUCAUUCUUCCGAUACCCAACGAUCGGCAAUAUCUCCAAUGAACGGUAAAUGAAAACGUAAUAAGUCGUUCUGUGAUGCAUCUUUGUACGCACGCAAUCUAAUGAUGCAUGAGCGUCAGAAUAGCUUUCAGAAUUUGGAGAUGAGGAAAGCGAACCCCAUGUAGACCUGGCAGCAGAUGAUACAGAGAGUGAAGAUGGUCCGGAACCAUGGCGAAAAUUGUGAGAACGAAAUCAACAUUCUGAUGAGCAGUAACGGGCCUGUAAGGAGUGCACUUUGAUAUCCUGACGACAAAGCUCAGAAUGG